AGCUAAGGUAACCGAAAUAGAAAUUGCUAAACAAAUGUUUUAUGGCGCCAAAAUUUUGAAAAACAAGUGACUAAAAAAUGCCCUGGGCUACUCUUCUUACCUCCCCCUCCCCACCAAUAACCACCGCCAAUCGUUCAUCUCUCCCGCCACCUUCCGCCGCCACGAGACACCACCACCACCACCACCGUCUCCCACCGGACAGACUCGCAUUACUGAUCGACAAAUCCAAAUCCAUCACCCAACUCCUCCCAAUCCACGCUUUCCUCAUCCGCCAUGGCCUCGACCGCCACCCAAUUCUCAGCUUCAAGCUCCAGCGCUCUUACUCCUCUCUCCGUCGCCUCGACUACUCCACCGCCCUCUUCCACCGUACCCAAAACCCCGAUGUCUUCUUCUACACCGCCAUUAUCCACGCCCACGCUGUCAACAAUCUCCACCAACAAGCCCUUGAUUUUUAUGUUCGGAUGCUGACCCAUGGCGUCGAACCCAAUGCGUUCACAUUCUCAGCAAUCUUAAGGUCAUGCCCGAUUGAACCAGGAAAAGCCCUUCAUUCCCAAGCCCUAAAAUUUGGGUUUGAUUCGGAUACGUAUGUUAGGACCGCUCUGCUCGAUGUUUAUGCGAGAGGUGGCGAUGUGGUGUCCGCACGCCACUUGUUCGAUACUAUGCCUGACAAGAGUUUGGUUUCUUUGACUGCCAUGAUCACUUGCUAUGCAAAGCAUGGGGACGUUGAUGGAGCAAGAUUGUUGUUUGAUGGAAUGGAAGAGAGGGAUGUUGUCUGCUGGAAUGUGAUGAUCGAUGGUUAUACCCAGCACGGGAGGUCAAACGAGGCUUUGGUACUCUUUAGGCAAAUGUUGGGUCUGAAAGUGAAACCUAAUGAAGUAACUCUGCUAACAGUCCUCUCUGCUUGUGGGCAGCUCGGGGCGGUGGAGUUGGGCAGGUGGGUUCAUUCUUACGUUGUAAAUAAUGGGAUUCGGUUCGAUGUUCAUGUGGGUACUGCUUUGGUUGAUAUGUAUAGCAAAUGUGGAAGUUUGGAGGAUGCACGAUUGGUUUUUGAUAUGAUUGAGGACAAGGAUGUUGUUGCGUGGAAUUCAAUGAUUGUUGGGUAUGCAAUGCAUGGAUUCACCGAAGAUGCUUUGAAAUUGUUCACUGAUAUGUGUAGGCGAGGAGUCCACCCUACUGAUAUAACCUUUAUUGGUAUUUUGAGUGCUUGUGCUCAUGCAGGCUCAGUCUCCGAGGGGUGGAAAUUUUUUCAUUUAAUGAAAGAUGAAUACCAGAUUGAACCAAAGAUUGAGCACUAUGGAUGUAUGGUUAAUCUACUUGGUCGUGCUGGGCAUUUAGACGAAGCAUAUGAACUUAUCAAAAAUAUGAAGAUUGACCCAGAUCCUGUCCUGUGGGGAACAUUGCUUGGUGCUUGUAGGCUUCAUGGUAACUAUGGCCUAGGAGAGGUAAUUGCAGAGCAACUUGUUAGCCAGAAUCUUGCAAAUUCAGGAACUUACAUUCUUCUCUCUAAUAUAUACGCUGCAGCGGGCAAUUGGGAUGGAGUUGCGAGGGUGAGGACUAUGAUGAAAGGGGGUGGAGUACAAAAGGAGCCGGGUUGUAGCUCAAUUGAAGUGAACAAUAAGGUACAUGAGUUCCUCGCCGGAGAUUUGAGGCAUCCAAAAAGCAAACAAAUCUAUGUGAUGCUAGAGGAGAUGUAUCAAUGGCUUGAGGCUCAUGGUUAUACCCCACAGACAGAUAUAGUAUUACAUGAUAUCGGAGAAUUUGAAAAGAAGCGAUCACUUGAAGUUCACAGCGAAAAGCUUGCAAUUGCUUUUGGGCUUAUUAGCAGUCAACCGGGAGCUACAAUCAAGAUUGUCAAGAACCUUCGGGUGUGUUCAGAUUGUCAUACUGUGACGAAGCUAAUUUCGAAGAUUACAGGGCGUAAGAUUGUUGUUAGGGAUCGAAACCGGUUUCAUCAUUUUGUAAAUGGUUCAUGUUCUUGUGGUGAUUACUGGUAAACUGUAUUUGUCAAUCUGGUUUGCUGAAAGAAGCAGCACAUGCUUAAAGAAUGUCUCUAUUGGUUGUUUUUGUUCACCAUUUUUAAUUAUUCAAAAUUCAAGUUGUUAUGACUUCUGAUUACA